AUGUUCGACAGUGGAAAGAUGUUGACUUUGAAGCAGCCUUCUGACAACUGCUCAAGGAAGAAGGCCAAAUCCUCACUGGAGAAGUUUUUCCCAGUCUUGCACUGGCUUCCAAAAUACCCUGUCCGAGAAUGGUUACUAGGAGAUAUAAUUGCAGGAAUCAGUGUUGGAAUAAUCCAGAUGCCACAAGGUUUGGCAUACAGUCUCUUGGCUGCAGUCCCACCUGUAUUUGGACUUUAUUCUUCCUUCUACCCUGUUCUUACAUACUUUUUGUUUGGCACAUCAAGACAUGUCUCCAUAGGUGGGUUUGCUGUUCUCUGUGUUAUGAUUGGCAAUGUGGCAGAGGAUAUGGUUCCCUCUAACUUUUUCAUAGAAGUGGACAACAUAACAAAUGAGACAGUGAUUAAUACGGAGAUGAGAGACAGGAUGAGGGUUGAUGUUGUAGCGUCACUAACUCUAAUCACAGGAAUUAUCCAAGUGCUGCUGGGACUCACACAGUUUGGAUUUGUUGUUAACUACCUCUCCGGACCCCUUGUCUGUGCAUACACAACAGCGGCUGCCCUCCAUGUCACAUUAUCACAGCUCAAGUACAUAUUUGGAGUUAAUGUUAAAAGAUACAGUGGACCUGCAUCAUUUAUAUUUACUUUCAUUGAUCUUUGUACCAGUCUUGCCAAGACUAACAUUGGAACUUUGGUUGUCAGCAUUGUUUCUUUUGUGGUGCUCAUAGCUGCAAAGAGAAUAAGUGCCACAUUCAGCUCUAGAAUGCCAGUACCUUUCCCCUCGGAAUUUGUGGUGCUCAUUAUUUCAACAGCAAUAUCAGCUGGAGUGAAUCUAAACAGCCAGUACAACACUGAUGUUGUUGGUGCUAUUCAAACUGGGUUGAAAGCACCUUCAUUUCCAAGAUCUGAUAAUAUCGGAACCCUUGUGGGCAGUGCAUUUGCAAUUGCCGUUGUUGGAUAUGGCCUUAGUAUAUCAUUAGGAAAAAUGUUUGGCAUGAAACAUGGAUAUUCUGUGGAUAGUAACCAGGAGCUAAUUGCCCUGGGUAUGUCCAAUUUGGUUGGAGGAUUUUUCCAGUGUUAUGCCAUCAGCUCCUCUAUGUCACGAAGCUUGAUACUGGAGAGCACAGGAGGGAAGAGUCAGGUGUCUGGUGCAAUCUCUGCACUUGUUAUUUUAAUAGUCCUUUUGAAGAUUGGAGAACUGUUUCAGCAACUGCCUAAGGCUGUCUUGGCUGCCAUUGUUAUUGUGAAUCUCGUGGGCAUGUAUCGACAGUUUGGUGACACUGUGACACUUUGGAAAACUAACAAAGCAGAACUGUUGGUCUGGGUUGUGACACUCCUUUCGACAGUGCUACUGAACAUGGAUAUGGGGCUUGUGGUUUCUCUUGGGUUUUCAUUACUGACUGUGAUCUUUCGCACUCAGCUUCCACAUUACUCGAUCCUUGGGCAGGUUCUUCACUCAGAUAUCUACAGAGAUAUGGAGCAGCAUAAGGAGAUUGAAGAAAUUCCUGGAAUUAAAAUUUUCAAAUCCUCGACUACCCUGUAUUUUGCAAACUCUGAACAAUAUGUAAAUGCUCUUAUUAAGAAGACCAGCAUUGAUGUCAGCAAACUGAUUGCAGCAAAGAGGAAAGCCACUGCCAAAUGGGAAAAAAAAGUCAAUCAACUGAGGGACAAAAGCAAGAAAAAAGAAAAGAAAAGGGAUCUCAAAGCAAAGCAUGGACCGUUACCUGCAAUCAGCACUGUGAAAGUGAAUGAUUUUGCUGUCAAUGUGGAGCCAGCAGUACAAUUGAAUUGUGAAUACAGCAAUGCAAACACCAGAGAGGAUCACAGCCUAACAGCCCUUGGUAUUAAGAAACCUCAAAUUCACUCUAUCAUCCUGGACCUCAGUACACUAAACUUUGUGGACAGUGACAGCAUAAAAGUUUUGAAAAAUAUUUUCAAGGAUUUUGGAGAAAUCGAAAUUAAUGUGUACCUAGCGUGUUGUCAAUAUAUAGUGAUAGAACAACUGGAGAAAGGUGGGUUCUUUGGAAAGGAGAUCACUAAGUCACAUGUGUUUCCAUCUGUCCAUGAUGCUGUAGUACAUUGUACAACGACCAGUGGGACGAUUGCUGAAGUGCAGAAGACAUCAUGCGGUGGCUUAUAA